AUGCGUCAACUGCUCGCAGUGCAGCACGGCGCUGCUGGCCAGCAAGUGCGGCCGUUUGUCUUCACGCUGGCCGACUACCUGCGCGCCGCGAUCGAAAAGGCGAAGGAGCCUGGGCUCGUGCGUACGGGGUGGGUCCACAUGAGCCUGGGCACCUUCAAGGCGGUGCAGGACCACCUCCACUCGGCGCGCAUGCCGGAUGGGCGCGCCGACGGGCAGCACAUCCAGGGUUGGAAGGAGACGGGCGAGGCGGCCACCAUCGGCUACGGCGAGCGCGAGUACCAGCGCGAGAACUCGCACGGCAUUGCACACCAGUCGAUGGGGCUGCAGCUCAUCCGCGAGUCCAUCGACGCCGAGCGGCUGAGGCGGCGCUCGGCCGCACAGGGGCUGCGCGAGAAGGUCAAGACGGCGGCGGGGCGCGAGACGAUGCGCAUCAAGGCGGAGCUCAAGUACGCGAGCGCGGACCGAGCCGUCGAGGAGCUGCACGCCGCGUACGACGAGGCGGUUGCGGCUCGUGAAGGGGCGGAGGCGGCGGCGGGGACGGAGGGAGCGUGA